UAAGCAACUCAUAGUGUGAGGGACAGAGGGAGCGAGAGUCCAACAAAAACAAAAAUGUCGAAUUCAAUGGAACAAACCCUAGAAGGAGAAGACGACAACAACAACAACAACAACAGAGGAAGCGAACAAAACCCUAAUCAAUCACAAGAAUGGGAAACAAUGGCUCGACUUUGGCUGAGUGCCUUUUCUGGAGUGAAAGCAGUGAGUACGAUGGAGGUGGAGACAUGGAUUGAUUCUAAUUACUCAUCUUUACCUUCUGAUUUACAAUCAAUGCCUCGCUCCGAUCUCAUUGAUCGGUUGCUUUCUAUUCAAAAAUAUAUGAGACUUCCCACUCAGAAUCAGGUACCCGAGACAAAUCAGGUUGAUGUUCCGCAUGCUCGAUUUCAACGUACAGAUCAAUGGCUGCCGGUUUAUUCCUGGUUGGAGUCUUUGGAUAAAGAUGAGGUAGUCAAGUCCAAAGAUAUUUCUGACUGGCUGACUGAGAAUCCAGAGAUUAGAGAACAGUUGUUCUCUAGACAUUCUCGAUAUCAUUUGAUGCACUACAUUAAAAAGUGCCAUGUAAAGAUUCUGAAGAGGAGGGAAAGGAAGAAGGGCGUGCAGCUGACUGGCAAUCCAACUUCUCCAAAAUUUCAGAAGAAUGUGGAGGUGAAAGAACUGGCACCUGUUCCAAUGAUCAAUCCUUUGAACAACAUACCCAAGGAUAGCGAAUUGUAUGUGGCAAAACGAAAUGAGGCUCUUCAGAAAUAUGAGAUUUUGCUGGAGUUGGAAAAGAAGCUUACCCCCUACUUUUCAAAAUGUCAGGCUGUAAACAACUGAAGCAAGUCUUGAAUCAAAUUUCUCCUAAGCAGACCUGAAAUAGCUCAGGUGUUGCAAAUGAUUUUUCACUAAUUAUGAUUUUUUUUUGUUGUAAAUAACUGCCUGAUGGAUGAUUGCCUAACUUGUCUCAAGUUUUAUAAGAGCUAUUCUUUCUUACCCUUUCACUA